CGUUGCAAACAGCUGCCUCACAACAGAACAGAACCCCCCCUCCCCUUCUGAUCUGUCCUCCAUGGUCUCUUCCGAUAACCAAUCUCUGAUAUGAAUCUUUUUCCUGCCUAAUCUGAGUUCAUCUUAAUUCAUUUGAAUCUUGAUUAAACUGGGCUUAUCUGUUUUUUUUUUUCUUUUUUUUGAAAUAAUCGUUGUUGUUUUGAGUCUGUUUGAAUUUAAUUCUUGAAUGACAUUGUUCCAGGUUCUUAUCAAACCCUCGAGAGGUGAUGGCCCUUCUGGGUUUGUCCGAGUUUAUCUUGAUUCUUUUGGAUCUUGAUUAAGCUGGGUCUUUGUUCUCUGGAAUCAUCAUUUUUGUUUGAGUUCUUUUUUAGUUGAAUUCUUGAAUUUGAUCACUGUUCCCAGUAUGGCUGCUCUGGCACCGGGAAUCCUGUUGAAGCUUCUCAACGGAAUGAAUACAGGGGUUAAACCCACCGGCGAGCACCGGAGCUCGCUUUUGCAGGUGACGGACAUUGUCCCGGCGGAUCUUGACGAGAAGAAUCUCUGGCCUAAGCAUGGAUUUUACAUAAAGGUGUCAGAUUCUUCACACUCGGUCUAUGUUAGUCUUCCCUUUGAACAAGAUGAUCUUGUCCUCAGCAACAAGAUGCAGCUAGGGCAGUUCAUAUACGUUGACAGAUUGGAGCCGGGGUCGCCGGUUCCGGUCAUCAAAGGGGCAAAACCCCUUCCCGGCCGACAUCCAUUAGUCGGCACGCCGGAGCCGAUAACAGGUCUCAGAGAAAAGGGCGAUAGAGGCGAUCAAAAUGCCAAUUCGAAGGCACCAAAUCAUAGAAGAGGCUCUUGGGGAGCAGGGCUAAAUGGAACAGAGGCUGUGUCAUCUCCCAUGGCCUUGAAGCCAGUUCCUUUGGACUUCGAUCAGUGUACGCCAGUGAGAGAACGUGCGAGUUCCGCAAAAAUGGGGAGUAUUCCGAUGUCGCCGAUGACGAGAGGGAGAAUGGGGAAGGAUGGGAAUCCAAAUUCAGCGACCAGAUGCUCUGUGGGUGGGGGGCUUCUCUCUAAAUUGAUGGAUUCAAAAGGAGAGAGUCCUGCAUUGCUUAGGAAAAGCUGUGUUGUCCCUUCUGUUCUGAAAUUCCCAGAACCCAAAAUUCCGGAUUUGAGGGGAGAAAGCCCUGUCUUGGUUAGGAAAAGCUGUGUAGUUUCUUCGGUGUCGAAAUUCCCAAGGAGCAAGAGUGUCUGUGAUCGAGAGCCAAGGAUCCCAAGAAGUCCCCUCAACACAGCUGAAAAGAAAAGUUCAACUCCACCACCAAGAUUGAGGAAUGCAAGAGAAACAGCUUCCUUCAAUGUAGCUGGAGAUGCACAGAAUUCCUCAAACUCAAGAAUGAUUCCACAACCACCUUCUCAGUUUGCUAAUUCCUCCUUCUCCAACAACAAUACCAGUGUGCCCAUAAAUUUACCAGGGAAGCUUGGCAUUCUAAGCAAGGAAGCUAUGCAGCAGCGUGAAACGGCUCAGAAGAUUGCUCUUCAAGCUCUAAGAGAUGCUUCGGCCACCGAAACUCUAGUUCGAUCCCUGAAGAUGUUUUCAAACCUGAGCAAAUCAGCCAAACCGAAUGCUCCAGCAGCCUGUUUCGAUCAGUUUUUGGACUUCCACCACCGAAUUAUGCAAGCAAUCACUGAUAUGGUGUCCAUUCAAGCAGCUAUUGAAAUUGUCCAAACCCCUAGUGAUGAAAUGAAAGAGACUUCAGGAAAACAAAAGGAGGAAGAUACCCAUAUCUUACAUGAAAUUGUGCCCAACUCCAUGGACCAAUAUCGUAACACAGAAUUCAACUCAUCAUCCAAGAGAAGAUCUGCAUUGCACAAAUCAGUUGCAGUCAUUCCAGAAAGAAGUGAUCAGAAGACAACUUUGGGGAAGCAGCUCAGAUCCAUUGUUAACCAAAAGGCAGAAAGAAAAGGAAUGUCCACUCCAACAGGAAAACCGCUCCUUGAAGGCAUCGGCGAGAACGAUGAGAGCAAGAAGUCUUCCUGCAGCUUGAGCAGUACAAUCAGAUUAUGCAAGCAGAUUGAAACAGAAGCUGGAAACUGGUUUAUGGACUUUCUAGAGAAAGCUUUGGAAAUUGGCAUGAAGAAACCGAAAGGUGCAGCCGAUGUUGAGGCUCGGAAAGUUCCCCAGUCACUCAUACUCAAGGUUAUAAACUGGGUGGAGGUAGAACAAUCUGACAGUAGCAAGCGGCCUGUUCAUCCCAGAGCAGCUCAGAUGGCCAGAAAGCUAAGGAUCAAGAUGAAGAACCCUUGAAUGGGUCAGCAGAGAUUUGAACCAAAUUCUUUUUGAAGCACUGUUUGUGUGCCUACUAUUUGGAUUGCUAUGUCGCAUUUGUUGAAUGCUUUAUUAUAAUUUUUUUUAUUAAAGCAUAAAAUGUACUUGCCAUUGCUUAUAAUGAUUAUUUUGUGAUUUCACACA